AUGCCUCGUGGAAACGAAACCGCCCAUAAGAUGUACUACAAGGGUAGUUCCGAAGACUUCAUUGUCUUCGUCGAUGACCAUGAAAUUCUCCAGAAGUGGAAGACCGACCGCACCAUCCCACUAUCUGAAGUCCUGAACGGCUGGAAGAUCUUUGUGACUCACUCCCACGGAGCCCAGGGUGUCCUCGACACCGCUAGCAAGAGCGCUCUCCAGAAUGAAUUCGGCACAACUGACGAGGAUGAAAUCAUGAAGAAGAUUCUCGAGGGUGGCGAGUUCCAGGCUUCUACUGCACGCGAGCGUCAGGGCAGCAAGAAUGACUCCAUGGGGCCCAUGGCAGGCCCUGGUCGCUAA